UCUAAUCUUUGAAUUUUAUCCUGUGACGCGUCAAAAAAGUAUAAUAUAAAUAUUCAAUUUUAAACAUUAAAAAUAUGUAUGAUUUUAGAUUUUAUAACUGGCAAGUAUGAACAUGACGGAAUUUAUACUAUUAAAGGAAUACUUAUUUUGAAAGCGAUAAUAUCAUCUUGUGAUUCAGCAAAGAUUUUCCAUCAGAUCCGCGGAAAAUUUUCUCUUUUCCCAUCAGAUCUGCUCUCCAGGAACCCAAACUUUUGUGUCGGUGGGUUUCUUGGUUUCAGUAAUAAACGCAAACACUUGGCAUGCAUUCUUCAAUUCUUUAAAUAGAAAUUCAAGAACUCCGAUUUGUUGCCGAAAAAAUGGUGGUCAGUGGCCCUUUAACACCUGGCCAGGUGUCAUUUUUACUUGGAAUCAUCCCAAUUUGUGUAGCUUGGUUAUAUUCAGAGUUCCUGGAGUACAAGAAAACUGCAGCAUCCUUAAAAACGGAUUCUGAUAUAAACUUGGUUGAGUUGGAUAAUAACACUGUAAAAGAAGAUGAUAGAGCUGUUUUACUGGAAGGAGGAGGUCUCCAAUUGGCUUCUCCUAGAAGCCAUAGUUCAUCUAUUACAUCUCCUGUUGUCAGGCUAUUUACAAUGGAUGAAUCCUUCUUGCUUGAGAAUCGUUUGACAUUGAGAGCUAUCUCAGAGUUUGGACUCAUAUUGUUCUACUUCUACUUAUGUGAUCGGACAAACUUCUUUGGUGAUUCUACAAAGAGUUACAAUAGGGAUCUUUUCUUGUUUCUAUACUUCCUUCUUAUCAUAGUAUCAGCAAUUACAUCAUUCAAGAUUCAUCAUGAUAAGUCACCAUUCUCUGGGAAAGCCAUACUUUAUCUCAACAGACAUCAAACCGAAGAAUGGAAAGGUUGGAUGCAGGUAUUGUUUUUAAUGUACCAUUACUUUGCAGCAACAGAAUUCUACAAUGCCAUACGAAUGUUCAUUGCUGCAUAUGUCUGGAUGACUGGAUUUGGCAACUUCUCUUAUUAUUACAUUCGCAAAGAUUUUAGCCUUGCAAGAUUUGCUCAGAUGAUGUGGAGACUCAACUUUCUAGUGAUGUUUUGUUGUGUUGUUCUGAACAACAGCUAUAUGCUAUACUACAUAUGUCCCAUGCAUACCCUUUUUACCCUUAUGGUUUAUGGUGCCCUUGGAAUUUUUAACAAAUAUAAUGACAAUAACACUGUCAUUGCUGCUAAAUUUGCUGCUUGCUUUUUGACUGUUAUUCUGAUAUGGGAAGUACCUGGUGUUUUUGAAUUUUUAUGGGCUCCUUUCACUUUUCUUGUUGGAUACACGGAUCCUGCAAAGCCAAACCUCCCUGUUAUGCAUGAAUGGCAUUUUCGAUCAGGUCUUGAUCGCUACAUUUGGAUUAUUGGAAUGAUUUAUGCGUACUAUCACCCAACAGUUGAGAGGUGGAUGGAGAAAUUGGAAGAAGCAGAAAUUAAACGUAGAAUAUCAAUCAAGACUUUGGUUAUCAUAAUCUCCGUAACGAUUGGUUAUCUGUGGCUCGAGUAUAUAUACAAACUUCCUAAACUCACCUACAAUAAGUAUCAUCCUUACACUUCGUGGAUCCCCAUUACUGUGUAUAUAAGUCUGCGAAACGUCACCCAAUGUUUCCGUAGUUACACUUUGACCCUUUUCGCAUGGCUGGGAAAAAUCACUUUGGAGACCUACAUCUCUCAGAUUCACAUAUGGCUAAGAUCCGGGGUGCCAGAUGGUCAACCUAAGUUGUUGCUGGCUUUGAUUCCAGACUACCCGAUGUUGAAUUUUAUGCUUACAACUUCCAUCUAUGUUGCGGUUUCAUACAGGCUGUUUGAAUUGACAAAUACUUUGAAGAUUGCAUUUGUGCCAAGUAAAGAUGAUAAGAGACUCACGUACAAUGUCAUCACAGGAAUAGUCAUAUCAACUCUCGUCUACACUUUAUCUUUCAUACUCCUCAAGUUGCCUCAAGUCAUGGUAAAAAAAAAUUAA